AUAUCAUCUCCAAUUCAGGCAAUGGAAACUUACGGUCAUCAUGAAGACCAAGAAGCUUUGAUGUUCCACUCCUAUCCAUGUGCAUACUACGUUCAAAGCCCUUCCACCGUCUCCCAUGCAAACAGCACCGACGUCCGCAACACCUCCAUGGAAGACCAACCCGCCGUUACUCUCCAUUUCCACUCCCCGACUCCUUCCGAGUCGAACAUCCUCAACAAGAAUCCCGACGUUGCUCGCUUCACCCUUUCGCGCUACUCGUCCUCUCACGGGUCGAACAACUCCUUCCUGCACGACAAAAGCAUUGUUGCAGCCGCCGCCACCUCCGGUGACAAAGGAGGGUUCAACCGUCUCGUCAUCAUCGACAAGGUCGGUCACGGUGACGAUCAUGAAGAUGAUGAUGGAAAAGGGUGGUGGUGGAGGUAUUGUUCUUUUAGGAGCUCUAGUUCUUGCGCUUGGAUUUCUUUGCAAAUUUGUUGGAGGCUGGUGUUGAGCUUGGGGCUUGCGUUGCUUGUCUUCUACAUUGCUACUAAGCCACCAACUCCUAACAUUGCUAUUAAGGUGGCAAGAGUCGGUGAGUUUGGAUUAGGAGAAGGAGUGGACGGCUCAGGUGUUUCAACCAUCUUUCUCACCUGCAACUGUUCCAUCGGGCUGCUCGUAGAAAACAAAUCAAAGCUCUUCGGUCUCCAUAUCCAUUCUCCGACGAUCGACAUAUCCUUCGGCCGCCUGCCUUUGGCCAUCUCACACGGACCAAAGCUAUACGCUCAAACCUGGGGCUCAUCGAGAUUUGAAGUCUACAUUGGAACAAAGAACAAACCAAUGUACGGUGCCGGUAGGAGCAUGCAGGACUUGCUGGAUUCGGGGAUGGGGUUGCCGCUACUGAUUCGUUUGAAGCUGAGAUCAAAUUAUCGAGUCGUAUGGAACCUUAUAAAGCCGAGGUUCCAUCACCAAGCUGACUGUUUAUUACUCCUCGACAACAAAUACGACAAGAAACACCAUACCCAAAAAUACAACAGCACCUGCACCAUUACUUCAUAG